GUGUCGCCGAUUUACGGUAACCCGCCAUUUUAUUUUUUGAGAACAUAAGCUUGCACACAUUGAACUUCUUGUCGACACACGGUCUGGUUGGCAGAAGUGGUCCGUGUUUUUAGUUGUUGUUGGUCUACUUUAGUUAGAUUAAGUUGGUCCAGGAGACCGGCAUAUACCGCCCGCGUCUCCCCGUAGUCCAUGGUCUAACCUCUGUCCGGACAGGAGGAGUGAAGGUGAAAGAUGACGCAGUUUUUACCUCCGAACCUGCUGGCCCUUUUUGCACCGCGGGACCCCAUCCCUUUCCUGCCUCAGCUGGAGAAGCUGCCCCAUGAGAAACAUCACAACCAGCCUUACAGUGGCAUUGCGCCGUUCAUCAGGCACUUCGAGGACCCUAGAGAUGCCCCUCCACCAACAAGGGCUGAGACUCGUGAGGAGCGGCUGGAGAGGAAGAGACGAGAGAAGAUUGAGAGGAGGCAAGCAGUGGUGGAGACAGAACUCAAGCUUUGGGAUCCCCAUAAUGACCCCAAUGCGCAAGGUGAUGCCUUCAAGACAUUGUUUGUUGCACGAGUGAACUAUGAUACGACAGAGUCCAAGCUUCGCCGUGAGUUUGAGGUCUAUGGCCCCAUCAAACGGAUCUACAUAGUCUACAACAAGAGGACGGGGAAGCCUCGGGGCUAUGCAUUCAUUGAGUAUGAGCAUGAACGAGACAUGCACUCUGCCUACAAGCAUGCAGAUGGGAAGAAGAUUGACGGCAGGAGAGUGCUGGUGGACGUGGAACGAGGACGCACUGUCAAAGGAUGGCAUCCUCGAAGGCUAGGUGGUGGAUUGGGUGGCACUAGGAGAGGUGGAGCUGAUGUCAACAUCAAGCACUCUGGCCGAGAUGAUGCAUCACGUUACGAUGAUCGCCCUCUGGGGGGUGAUCGGGAGCGCGGGGAGCGGAGAGAGCGCAGUCGGGAGCGUGACCGGGAUAAGGACAGAGAGCGGCGGCGAUCCCGAUCCCGGGAACGCCGCCGACGUACCCGUUCCCGGGAGCGAGAAAGGGAGAGAGAAAGACCAGUCGCAGGAGGGGAGGAGAACAGCAGUAGUAGCCGGCGUCGAGAGCGAGAGAAGGAUCGCGGGGGGGCAGCGGGAGGAGACAGCAGAAGUAGGGAGAGGAGUCGAGACAGGAAGAGAAGGAGCAGGAGCCGGGAUCGCAAGAGAGACAGGGAGAGAGGCAAGGGGCUGGAUGGAGAGGAGGUCGGCCAGGGAGACGGUGCCCCUGAGGGCGGGGAGCGCAUGCUGGAGGAAAACGAGGGUGAAGUGGGUGAGGGCAUGGAGGAGCGUAGAGACAGAGACAGGGACAGAGAGAGGGACAGGGACCGCAGGCGCAGCCACAGGGACAGAGACAGGCGCAGGGGAGACAGGGACAGAGACAGGGAGCACAAAAGGGAACGGGGGGAGAGAGACAGGGGGGAGCGCAGAGAAGAGCGGCACGGCUCCCUACGAGACGACAUGGGGCCUCAAGAUGACAUGGGCAAUGAGGAUGAGGGAGGAGAACCGCCUAACAUGGAGGAGUACAGUCAGGAUGGGAUGAUGAUGGACCAGCAGUCAGUGCCAUCGGCUGACGGCUACGGCUCCAGUGAGAAUGGCUACAAGAUGGAGGCACCAGGAGAUGAGUACUAAGACGGCCCCUUUACCAACAGGCUCCCACACAUAAAUAAGUUGUUUCAUACUGUACUUUAACUUGGCCCCUAAUUUUCUGUCAAGGCACAGGAAGCCUAAAUUAUGUCAGGGCUUCUUCAGUACCGCAUCUAGCUAGCUUUUCCUAUCUGACCACGAUCUGUUGAAAUAUUCCAAUUGAUAUUGUUUCACACACAGCUGAUGCAUAGAACUGAUUCGAUCUCACUAAAGUGGCAGCUUUCCUGCUUUGCCCAAUUAAUCCGUGCCACUAAAUGUUAUCAGAUUACCGUAGUGAUUCAAGCCAAUUUUUUUUUUUUUUUUUUUCCUCAUUGGUUCGGGGGGGGGAGGGUAGGGGGGGUGCUGCGAUGAAUUAUAAAACACAAACUCUAUUCGUUUUGAGAUGGUUAGAUUGUGUUCUCUUUUCUUAUCAGGCUCAUAAAGCAGUUAGAUUACAUACUUGUUUGGACCCAGUCACCUAUUUCUGCUCAAUGUAUGUGAAAUUGAAGGAAAUGUAGUAUUGUGUGACAAUUGAGGAUUGUUCUGUUUAUUCAUUCUGGAAUAAAUUUUUUUUUUAAAUUA